CUCUCUCUCUCUCCCCUUUGACGGAAACAACAGCUGCGGCAGCGGGGCUGGCGCCGCCUCCCUCCACCUACCACGUCUGCCCCCGCCAGUCCCGCCCGGCGCCUCAGCCCGGCCCUGGCGCCUCCGCCUCCCCGCUAGGUCAGCCGGCAGCUCCGCCCGGCUGCCGCAGAAUGAACAUUAUGGACUUCAACGUGAAGAAGUUGGCGGCCGACGCGGGCACUUUCCUCAGUCGUGCCGUGCAGUUCACAGAAGAAAAGCUUGGCCAGGCAGAGAAGACAGAAUUGGAUGCUCACUUAGAGAACCUCCUUAGCAAAGCUGAAUGUACCAAAAUAUGGACAGAAAAAAUACUGAAACAAACUGAAGUGUUAUUGCAGCCAAAUCCAAAUGCCAGGAUAGAAGAAUUUGUUUAUGAGAAACUGGAUAGAAAAGCUCCAAGUCGUAUAAACAACCCAGAACUUUUGGGACAAUAUAUGAUUGAUGCAGGGACUGAGUUUGGCCCAGGAACAGCUUAUGGUAAUGCUCUUAUUAAAUGUGGAGAAACACAAAAACGAAUUGGAACAGCAGACAGAGAGCUGAUUCAAACAUCAGCUUUAAAUUUUCUCACUCCUUUAAGAAACUUUAUAGAAGGAGAUUACAAAACAAUCGCUAAAGAAAGGAAACUAUUACAAAAUAAGAGACUGGAUUUGGAUGCUGCAAAAACCAGACUAAAAAAGGCAAAAGCUGCAGAAACCAGAGCUUCAUCUGAACAGGAGUUAAGAAUCACUCAGAGUGAAUUUGACCGUCAGGCAGAGAUCACCAGGCUUCUGCUCGAGGGAAUCAGCAGCACGCACGCCCAUCACCUCCGCUGUCUGAAUGACUUUGUGGAAGCCCAGAUGACUUACUAUGCACAGUGUUACCAAUAUAUGCUGGACCUCCAGAAACAACUGGGAAGUUUUCCAUCCAAUUAUCAUUGUAACAACAAUCAGACUUCUGUGGCACCUGUACCAUCUGCUUCAUCAAAUGUGAUUGGGUCUUCUGCCUUGACUUCAACAAGUGGCCUAGUAAUGACCUCUCCUUCCAACCUUAUUGAUCUUAAGGAGGGCAGUGGCAGCAGGAAGGCCAGGGUGCUGUAUGAUUAUGAUGCUGCAAACAGCAGUGAAUUAUCACUUCUGGCAGAUGAGGUGAUCACUGUGUUCAGUGUCUCUGGGAUGGAUUCAGACUGGCUGAUGGGGGAAAGGGGAAAUCAAAAGGGCAGGGUGCCAAUUACCUACUUAGAGCUGCUCAAUUAAGUAGGUGGACUGUGGAAAAGUUAUCCAUCAUGACACCCUAUUUAUAUACAAUUAACUCUAAAUAAAACAGGUCUAGUAUCUUCCAUGUUAAUGUCUUAAGAGACUGCAAAGAGAAUACCAGCCAUCAGAAACCGGCUUUCUGCCAAUAAACUUGCAUGGUAACUAUUUGAUUACAGAAUUUAUGUUAGAGCUUUCAUGCCAAGAAUGUUUUCUUACAAAGUUCUCUUUCUACUGAGGUUUCACUAAUAAGCAGCUUCUACUUUUGAGCCCCAACUUAAAGCAGAACUGUUUUCUACUGAAUUUUUCAUUAAUGGCAAGCUUUUUCUUCUAUGUAAAAUAAAUUUAUUGUGAAUUGA